CAAUUCCCUACAAUUAUAUUGCCUGCAAACAAGGCGCGCGCGUUAGCGGCGCGGAAUUCCGCUGGACAAGCUUGUGAUAAGGCGCGCACAGCCAUGGAAGAAUGUUAAUACUUAGCUGAAGCUCGAGACAUAAUACAAUGAGCUCAGAGCCGGCGCUCCUGCCCGCUUCGGCGCUCAGGAGUCUUGAGAAGUGCAUAGGUCGUGGAGGAUUUGCGCAAGUCUACCUUUGCACUGUUCUUAAAGAUGGCAACGUGCACUCGGCAGCGCUCAAAAUCCUGCGACCGCUGCGAGCCGGCCCCGUGCCCAAGGUGGUGGAGCGGCUAUUCCUCAGCGAAGCCAAAAGCUGCAUGGAGCUCAACCACUGCAACCUGAUCAAGUGCCUGGGCCUCACGCAGCUGCCUGCCGACUUCCCAGGCGUGGGGCCGCUGCAGGGCGCCACCUGGGCCAUGGUCCUGGAGCUCUGUGACUCGGGCACCCUGCGCGACCGCAUCACGCGCAGCAUGGCCCAGGGCCGCGGGCGGGCCUACAGCGACAGCCAGGCGCUGACGUGGCUGCUGGACGUGGCGGCGGCGCUGGCGUUCCUGCACGGCUCCAGCCCCACCGUGAUCCACCGAGACGUCAAGGCCGAGAACGUGCUGCUGCAGUCCGAGGCGGCGGCAGGGCGUGCUGGGGGAGCAGGAGCAGCAGCAGGCGGAGGCGCAGGAGGGGGCGGGCGGCUGGUGGCCAAGCUGGCAGACCUGGGGCUGCACGUGUGCGUGCAGGAGACCCGGCCGGUGAUGCUGCGGCGGCGCGGCGCCAGCUCAGAAACGCCGAAGUCCGCCGCCGGCGGCACUGGCGGCACCGGCGGCGGCGCCGCCGCCGGCAGCCGCCCCGGGUCGGCGUUCGUCACCGUGGCCACGCCGGCUGUGUCCGGGGUGCUCUCCACGCUGCGUGCGGCGCAGAUGGGGUUGUCUGGCGACAUAGCGUGUGAGGGCUGCCUGGAAGGCGACGACGACGAGGGCGGUGACGGCGAGGGCGGUGUUGACGGUGGCGUUGGCGGCGGCGGCCGCGGCCGCGGCGGCGUGCUAGCGGAGUUUGGGCUGCUGUCCACGGCGGACAACAUGAGCGAGCCGGACGGCGAGGCGGCCGCGUACGCCGACAGCGGCUACGGCUUCUGCAGCCGCCGCGCCGGCGGCAGUGGCGGCGGCGCCGACGGCGCGAGCGGGCUCGAGGUGGCGGCGGCGACGACGGUGCCGCCGCUCAGCCUAGAGCUCAUCCAGCCGGAGGUGGUGGAGGAGGCGGAGGAGGGCACUGGUGGGGCUGCGACUGCAGCUGCGGCUUCCAUUUGCCGGCCAGCGCCCGUUGGCAUGCCGCAGGCGGCAGCUGCAGCCACCGCUGUCACGCCUGCGGCGGCGGCGGCGGCGGUGGCAGGCCAGGUGGCGGCGGCGGCGAGCCGGAGGAGCGGCGAGUCGAGUGAUCGGCUGCCGGUGGUUAUGAGCCUGAACCCCAACUGCCUGGCCGCAGUAGCUACUGCCGCUGGUGCUACUGCCGCUGGUGCUACUGCCGCUGGCGCUACUGCCGCUGGUGCUACUGCCGGGGGCCCGGGGGCCGGGGUGCUGGCGUCAGCUCCCUCCGUGGAGCUGCGGCCUUGUGCGCCCGCAGCACGUGCGGCAGUGGCGGAGGCGCCGCCGGUGCCCCUGGUGGCGUCGGCGGCGGCGGGCUCGGCGCAUCUCACGGGCUCCGCCGCAGCCACGCCGCCGCUGAGCCCCCGCUCUCCCCAUAGCGGUGGUGGCUACGUAGUGAACGUCAAGGACGUAGCGGCAGCGGAGGUGACUGCUGCCGCUUCACCUUCGGCAACGCAAACUGCCUCGCCGCGGCCAGGCGCCGGCGGCGCCAGCGUCACCGGCACAGCCGCAGUGGCCGACGCCGGCAUUGCGCUCGCCGCCGCUGCAGGCGUGACGGGUGAUGCGCCGCCGCAGCCGCAUGCGGCCCGCGGCAUUAGCACGCACACGCUCUUCGCUCCGGCGAGGGCGGCGCCGCCGGGCGGUUCUGGCUACGGCUCUUUCUCCGCCAGCACUGGCACGGGCACUUGCACGGGCACAGGAGUGUGCACAGGCACAUGCACGGGCACCUGCACGGCGGCGGCGGCGCUGGCGGCGUCAUCUUCGGCAGAUGCAUCGGCGGCGGGUGCCUCCGCUGAGUCUGGCUCGGCGUCUGCGGCCGCCCUGCCGUGUUGCAGCAGCGGCGGCAGCGGUGGGAAUGGCGGUUGUGGAGGCGGCUGCACGGGGGCGGAGGCACCAGCGCAGGGCUACCCAUUGGCGGCGGCCAGCGCCACUGCCGGUCUCGCCGCAAUGGUGUCACCAACCCCGGCCCCGGCGCCGCCACCGCUGGCAGGGCAGGCAGGCACCGCGACGUCGUCGGGCGUGGAUGCGUCGGCGACGUCAGGGAUGCAGGUGGCCCUGGCGGCGGGGCUGGUGGCGGCUCGCAGCAGCUGCAGCGCACACGUGCUGGAGUCCUCCGGGCCGCUGGGGAACGCGGCGGCAGCGGCGGCGGCCGGGGCGGAGCCGGCGUGUCAGCUGCUGCCGCAGCGGCGGCGCAGCAUGCUGACGAGCAUGCUGCAGUCGCCGUCAGCAGGUGGCGGCGGUGGGGCGGCGGCGAGGGACGCGGCGGCGGCCCCUGCAUCGGAGGCGGCGGCGGCGGCAGAGGCGUUCCUGCCUGCUGCCUUUGUCGGCGGCUCCGUCUUCGCCGUGGCAGAGCCGGUGCAGGCAGCCGUCAUGGGUGCCAGCGCCGACGCCGUCAAGGCACAGGCGCUCAGUGGGGGCGGCGCAGGCGGCACCGGAGAUGGCGGCGUUCCUAUGCCGCCGCGGCCGUCAGCGACGGCGUCGACGUCGCAGCUUGGCAUGCGCGGCAGCAACGUCAGCGUCGGCGGCAGCGCCCUCCUCCACGUGGGCUCGCCAUCACUGGGCUUCCUGUCCCCACUGGGUGCGCCCACGGAUUUGACCGCGGCAGCGGCGGCGGCUGAGCCGGCGGCGCCCGGGUACAGCGGCGCGGCAGGUGGCGGUGGCGGCGGCGGCAGCGAUGUGCCGUCGUUCUCGUGCGUCUCUGACAUCAUCGGCAACGACCCGCGACUGAGGGUGGCAGUGCCGCCAGCGCAGCAGCAGCAGCAGCAGCAGCCGGCGCCGGCUGUGCUGCUCACGCAGGCGCCGGGGUCGGCUGGCAGCACCACCAACACCAACACCACGGGCCGCGGCAGCGUCGACCUCUCCGCCGCCCUGGCGGCGGUGGGCUUGCGCCCUGGCGGCGGCGAUAACUCCACGGGCGGCGGGACGCCGCGCUCCGUGCCAAUGCCGGGCCCAAACUGCUGCGGCGGCGGUGGUGGCGGCGGCGGCGGCGGCGGCGGCGGCGGCGUCUUUGCGCGCAGCAGCGCUGCUUGCAGUGCUCCCAAAUAUCCGGGCGCUGUCAUCGGGACUGCGCCGGGCUCCUCCACCGCCUCGGCCUCUGGCGGCGGCGGCGCCGUCAGGUGCUACGCAUUUGGCGGCGGCGGCGGCAGCAUGUCUGGCAGCAUGGGUGACAUGCUUAUGGGCACGCAGGCCAUGCUGCAUGGUGGUCUGGUGGUCCUGGCGGGCGCCGGCGGCGAGUCUGGUCUGACCACAGACCAGACCGGCAACGCGCAGGCCGAGGCAUCCGCCUCUGCACUGGAGGUCGUCAGCGCCGGCACGCACAUCCUGCCGCCGUCGGCCGCCGCCACCACCGCCGCCGCUAACGAGGGGCCUCAUGGCUGUCACACCGGUGAGACGUUGGCCUCGGCGGCGGCGGCGGCGGCUGCAGGUGCGGCGGCGGCGGCACCCGAGCAGGAGCUCGACCCUGGGCGGGGCUUCCUCUGCGACAGUGAUGACGUGCCAAAGGUCAGGGUGCUGGAGGCAGUGGUCUCGGAGGCGGAAGGGCGCCAACAACACCAACAACAGCGCCAACAGCACCGGAGACAAUACAGCUUGGGAGCAGAGGCUCGCUCGCUCGGCACCGGCGGCGUCAGCGGCGGGCACGCAGCCGCAGCCGCGGCGGCGACGGCUGCGGCGGCGGCGGCGCUGCAGUCGGCCCCAACGUCUACGGACGUCGGCACACUGGCGCCGCCGCAAACCGCCGCCGCCGUGCGCACCUCGGGAGGCGGCGGCGGCAUGCCGUCUGUCUUUGCCACGGCGGCCGUGCAGCGGCAUCAGGUCUCACAGCAGGUUGUUAUGGAGGGGGCGCGUGUGGGGCGGCCGGAAGGCAGCGGCGGCGGCGGCGGCGGCGAUGGCGGCGGCGGGGACGCCCAGUUCCUGACGCUCUCGGCCGCCUUGAUAAGCGCUCCACUGCCGGCGCACUCGCUGCCCUCACCGCCAGCCGCAUUCGGCUCCGCCAGGGCUGAGGCGGCGGCGCCGCCGCCACACCACCGCCAGCUGCCGGUGCGGCAGGCCAGCACGCCUGCAGAGAUACUGCGGGCGCCUCGCCGGGUGCCGGUGGACCCCGCCGCAGCGCCGCCUGCGGCUGCUGCCGCGGCGGCGGCGACUUCGCGGCCGGUGCGCGCGCCGAGCCCGCAUUUUGGCCGCGGCACGGCGCCGCCGCUGGGGACCGCGGGGCGCAGCAACCUAGGGCCGCGCGGCGUCGCCGGGUUGGGCCGGGCUCUGUCGAGGGCCGGCGUCACUGGCUGCGCCUUUCCGGCGGGAAGCGAGGCGGCGGUGGCGGCGGUGGCGGCGGUGGUCAGCGCCACAAGCGGCAUGAUGGCGAAGGUUGUGGGCGGUGGCGACGGGCGCACCAGCCCCAUCGUGCUGACACGCCACGGCAGCGACCGGCCGGAGAGCAGCAAGUCCAUCGCCAUCGGCGUGAUGCGCGAGGACUCGAUCAUCAGCCUUUUCUCCCAGCCGAGCGGCGCCGACGCCGGCCACCCAGCAGUCAGCGGCGCCGCCGCCAUCCGCAUGCGCGGCGGCGCGCCGCCCUCGCGGCUCGUUGUGGGCGCCGCCGCCCGCAGCUGCAGCGGCGCGGCCUCGGGCGCCCCCAGCAGCGGCGGCACCGGCACUGGCACCGGCACUGGCAGCGGCUGGGCGGGCUCUCCCGCCGCCGCCACCACCCUUGGGUUGAUGGCAGCGGCGGGAUCGACGGCGGGCCCGCCGGCGGGGCUGCAGGGCGCUGCCGGCGGCAGCGGCCGCUUCUCUCGCGCCGUCAGCAUGGGCCGUACGGCGGCGGCGGCGUACGGUGGUGCGUCGGGCCGGUCCGCCGGCGGCGGCUUCGGCGCCGCUGGCAGCACCGGAGCUGUGUCCACCGCCGCCUCGCAGCGCCACCAACAGCUGAUGUCUGUGGCCGGCUCCUCCGUCUGCCUGUCGCCGACUGAGGACGACGAGGAGGGCGAGGACGAUGGCGCCGCCGCCGCCGCCACCGACGUCGACGCGGCGGCCGAGGGCAGCCUGCCCAUGCCGCCUGCUGUUGCCAGCGGCCGCAACUCGGCUUCCGCGGCGAAGCGGGUGCGUGCCCAGUUGGCAGCGAGCAUGCGGCGCGGCGGCGUCGCCAUGGAUAGGCAGGUCUCGGCGCCUCUGGAGCAGCUGCGACUCGGCGGCCGCGCCGUGCGUCCCACCGCGCGGGCCGUGGGGACCGCGGGUCCCGUGAGCGGGGAGCUGGCGGGCGGCGGUGCGUACGACGGCGGUUACGGCGGCGGUUACGGUGGCGGUUACGGGCAGCACGGCGGCGGCUACGAGCCUGGCGGCGCGGUUCUGUUGGAGGUUUCAAAGGCCAGCUUUAGCAGCCACAUGCGCCGCCUGGGCAGCAUCACGGAGCUGCUGGGGGCGCCGGCGUGUGGCAAGCUGCCGGAGCACGAGGCGUUCGACUGGGUGUACGGCCUCACGGGGCAGGCGGGCAGCUGCAUGUACAUGGCUCCGGAGGUGUACCUGCGCCAGCCCUACAACGAAAAAUGCGACGUGUUCAGCUUUGGAGCGCUCAUGUACGAGCUGUGGUCCGGUGAGCUGCUGCUCAUCUCCUACCUCAACACCGCGCGAGCCGCCGCCCUGGGCAUCAAGUCGCCGCCCGACUACGCGCGCAGGGUGUCGGAGGGCUUCCGGCCGCCGCGGCCGCACCACUUCAGCGACCCGCAGUGGGAGCUGGUGUGCCGCUGCUGGCACCAGGACCCCUGCGAGCGGCCGCCCAUGGCCGAGGUGGCGGCGGCGCUGCGGGGGAUGCUGGAGGAGGCGGCAGCCGCCAAGGGCGCGCGGCCAACAGGCACCAGGGUCGGCGCGAAGGACGGUGGCCCGUCGCGCAGCAACACCAGCGCCAGCAAGGGCCUUUCCAGCCCACCCGCGGCACUUGCUGGCACCCCCGCACUGGGUGCUGUGGCGGCGGCGGCGGCGGCCGCCGGUGGAAAGCCCGCUGCACCAGGCAGCUGCGGCUGCGGCUGCGUGAUAUGCUAGCCGCACACCGCGUGCAAUUUUCCAUCAAGCAGUUGGGAGUAGAAAUGGACACACAUGUUGAAGGGUGGUGUUUGGUGUUAGUUAUCGAAGUUUAAGUAGGACUCAGCUGUAGUCAGGAGCAGGCUCAAUUGACCAGGGCAAAAGCAGUGUCUGUCUCGGAGCGGGGCCAUGCGUGGGAGGCGUUAGCGGUGAUGCCAUGUGAUGUUAGUAUUGACGUGCAGCCUCUUGCAGUCGUUUUCAGGUUCAGUUGAUUGUUAUCGAAAUUUACUUCGCUUCGUGUCUGGGUUGCAUUGCAUUGCAUUGCAUAUGGUGUUGUUUCGUACACAGGCAAGCGCAAUAAUGUGAUGGCGCCGUCACUCGUCCCCAUGUGCUGAGUGUAGAUCACUCAGAGCAUUUAUUCGUUUUAUUGGAUACGUGCAUGCAUGCGUAAUGCUUUAUUGGAUACGCGCAUGUGUGCGCAAUUGGCAAGCUGACUUUGUUUCUGUUCAUUUACUGGGGUUUGGUGCGCUGUCAUAUACACGAAGCCCGCAGCCUGUGCCGAAGCCCUGCGUGGGGUCAGACGGCGACUCGCAGAGUGCUGUGUUUUGAGCGGCUGAGGGGCCACCCCCACCACCCCCACCACCGGGCCCUGGUGCAUCUGCAUUUUGGUGCAGUGGAGGGCCUGCUCAUGCUGUCCCGUUUGGGCGGGGAAGCGGAGAGGUAGCCGCAACUUGAGGCGGAUCUCGGUUGCUUCAUUUGUCCGCUUGGGAAGGCUGUGAGGUCUACCUACGGGAUCUGUAAGAGGCGGCACGCACACAGUACGUACGACGGCGCGCGGUACUUAGCGCUGGCUGGGUGCGCCGCGGUGUGGUGAGGUGGCGGCGUCGGUUCGCUGAUGGCGGCCGCUGUGCGUAUGGCCCGCAGCCCCGCACACGUGUACAGCACUGACGAUCCGAACUCCUGGCUGCGCGUAGGGUACUGCGUGCUGGCGGAAGUUUGAGGAAGAGGUGGAGCAGUGUGCCGUAUGUACCGGUAAUCUCAUCUAUGCGCAAACAAAGCGCCGCACAGAUUGCCGUAGACAGGACCCGAGCCGGUGGUCGUCCGUGCCGAAUGUGUGGAUUGUCAAGUAGCCCAGGCCGGCAGGCCCGCAUUAACUUUGCUGCGAUGCAACUCAGUCACUCGGGGGCCCGUCGCCGUGGGGUCGGUGAAUCCAUCAUACAUCGCGGUUUGGCAGCAGGACUGCGGCUGUGGAAGUGACGAGCGCUGCUUGCUGCAUCAGGAUCUGGGCGCCACGUGCACUUGCAAGUCAUCAGGUGAACACAGGCAAGCGCGUGUGCGCACGUGCGUGCGUGCUGCCUGCUUGGCUGUGCGUACGGCUGUGCGUACCGUACGGCUGCACCUGUGGCUGCAUAGAGCCGAGCGGAGCGCUGCUUGCGUACUUGGCGUACGCAAAAUACGUCAAUGUAUCAGGAUGUGAGGGCUGAACUCCUCGUUGACA